CCUCGGUUGUCAAACAUGGCUGAAGAGCUGCCGCUGACGCUACUGCAGCUGCAGGGAAAAUGCUGAGCCCUCCCGGGCCGGCUGGGCGGCGGCGGCGAGGGCGGCGACGGGGACCCACUUCCCGAGCGCGGCGGCGGCGGCCAUGGCCCGGCUGGCGGACUACUUCAUCGUGGUAGGCUACGACCAUGAGAAGCCAGGGUCAGGAGACGGUCUGGGGAAAAUCAUCCAGAGAUUUCCACAGAAGGACUGGGAUGAUACACCUUUUCCACAGGGAAUUGAAUUGUUUUGUCAGCCUGGUGGGUGGCAGCUGUCCAGAGAGAGGAAGCAGCCAACGUUCUUUGUGGUUGUCCUGACAGAUAUUGACUCAGAUCGACAUUACUGCUCAUGCCUAACCUUCUAUGAGGCAGAGAUCAAUCUUCAGGGAACAAAGAAGGAAGAGAUAGAAGGUGAAGCAGAAGUGUCUGGUUUAAUUCAGCCUGCAGAAGUGUUUGCUCCCAAAAGCCUGGUGUUGGUAUCCAGAUUAGAUUAUCCAGAAAUUUUUAGGGCUUGCCUGGGUUUGAUUUAUACCGUGUAUGUGGACAGCCUGAAUGUCUCCUUGGAAAGUCUAGUUGCAAACCUUUGUGCCUGCCUUGUCCCAGCGGCUGGAGGGUCUCAGAAGCUGUUUUCUUUGGGUGCAGGAGAUAGACAGCUGAUCCAGACUCCUUUACAUGAUAGUCUUCCUGUCACAGGCACUAGUGUGGCUCUCCUGUUCCAGCAAUUGGGAAUUCAAAAUGUCCUCAGCCUCUUCUGUGCAGUCCUCACAGAAAAUAAGGUUCUCUUCCAUUCAGCAAGUUUCCAGAGACUUAGCGAUGCUUGUAGAGCGCUGGAAUCUUUAAUGUUUCCUCUUAAAUACAGUUAUCCUUAUAUUCCUAUUCUCCCGGCUCAGCUACUGGAAGUUCUAAGUUCCCCAACACCUUUCAUUAUUGGAGUACAUUCUAUCUUUAAAACUGAUAUCCAUGAACUUUUAGAUGUAAUCAUAGCAGAUUUGGAUGGAGGCACUAUUAAAAUUCCUGAAUGUAUUCACCUCUCUUCCCUCCCAGAACCGCUUCUACAUCAGACUCAAUCAGCUCUUUCUUUGAUUUUACACCCAGAUUUGGAAGUAGCAGAUCAUGCUUUUCCUCCUCCACGAACAGCUUUAUCCCACUCAAAAAUGCUGGAUAAAGAAGUGCGAGCAGUUUUCCUUAGAUUAUUUGCACAACUCUUCCAAGGAUAUAGAUCCUGCCUGCAACUUAUAAGAAUUCAUGCAGAGCCAGUAAUACAUUUCCACAAAACAGCAUUCUUGGGGCAGCGUGGUUUGGUCGAGAAUGAUUUCCUCACUAAAGUACUCAAUGGAAUGGCAUUUGCAGGUUUUGUUUCAGAAAGAGGUCCUCCUUAUAGAUCUUGUGAUCUCUUUGAUGAGUUGGUAGCCUUUGAAGUAGAGAGAAUUAAAGUUGAAGAAAGUAACCCAGUGAAGAUGAUAAAGCAUGUCAGAGAACUUGCUGAGCAACUAUUCAAAAAUGAGAAUCCAAACCCUCAUAUGGCAUUCCAGAAAGUUCCACGCCCAACAGAAGGAUCCCACUUGCGAGUUCAUAUUCUUCCUUUCCCAAAGAUUAAUGAAGCCCGGGUUCAGGAAUUAAUACAGGAAAAUCUUGCUAAGAACCAGAAUGCACCUCCUGCUAUGCGAGUAGAAAAGAAAUGUGUUGUGCCAGCAGGUCCACCUGUUGUUUCGAUAAUGGACAAGGUGACGACAGUUUUCAACAGUGCACAGAGACUAGAAGUUGUCAGAAACUGCAUCUCAUUCAUAUUUGAAAAUAAAAUUUUGGAGACUGAAAAGACCCUUCCUGCUGCACUCAGAGCCCUUAAAGGAAAGGCAGCAAGACAGUGUCUUACUGAUGAAUUGGGUUUGCAUGUCCAGCAAAACCGGGCAAUAUUAGACCAUCAACAGUUUGACUACAUAAUAAGGAUGAUGAAUUGUACCCUACAGGAUUGUUCAAGCUUAGAAGAAUAUAACAUUGCCGCAGCAUUACUUCCUUUGACCAGUGCAUUCUAUAGGAAACUUGCCCCUGGAGUCAGCCAGUUUGCUUACACAUGUGUGCAAGACCACCCCAUUUGGACAAAUCAGCAGUUUUGGGAGACAACCUUUUACAAUGCAGUGCAAGAACAGGUUCGCUCCCUUUAUCUCUCAGCCAAGGAAGACAAUCAUCCCCCGCACCUUAAGCAAAAGGAUAAGCUUCCUGAUGACCAAUAUCAGGAGAAAACAGCGAUGGACCUGGCAGCUGAGCAACUACGCCUUUGGCCUACCCUGAGCAAGUCAACUCAGCAGGAGCUAGUGCAACAUGAGGAAAGCACUGUCUUCAGUCAGGCCAUUCACUUUGCAAACCUCAUGGUGAACUUGCUAGUUCCACUCGACACAAGUAAAAACAAGCUCCUAAGAACAUCAGCGCCAGGUGACUGGGAAAGUGGAAGCAACAGCAUUGUCACAAACAGUAUUGCAGGAAGUGUAGCUGAGAGCUAUGAUACAGAGAGUGGGUUUGAAGAUUCAGAGAACAAUGACAUUGCCAAUUCUGUUGUGCGGUUCAUUACCCGAUUUAUUGACAAAGUUUGUACAGAGAGUGGAGUUACUCAGGAUCACAUCAAGAGCCUUCAUUGCAUGAUACCAGGAAUUGUAGCUAUGCACAUUGAGACCCUAGAAGCAGUACAUCGAGAAAGCAGAAGACUUCCACCUAUACAGAAGCCCAAGAUUCUUAGACCUGCUCUGCUGCCAGGAGAAGAAAUUAUCUGUGAGGGUCUUCGAGUCUUGCUGGAUCCUGAUGGAAGAGAAGAAGCUACUGGUGGUCUUCUUGGAGGCCCUCAGCUCCUGCCAGCAGAAGGAGCCUUGUUCCUCACCACAUACAGAAUUCUCUUCAGAGGAACUCCUCAUGAUCAGUUAGUGGGUGAGCAGACAGUUGUGCGGAGCUUUCCCAUUGCCUCCAUCACCAAGGAGAAGAAGAUUACCAUGCAGAACCAGCUGCAACAGAAUAUGCAAGAAGGACUGCAGAUCACGUCAGCAUCUUUUCAGGUAUUAAAAAAGGAAGCCAUUCUUUUAUUAUUCAGACAUUUUCAAAAAUUGAAUGAUACCGUGGCCGUUUUCUGUGAUCGUGUGCUCAGAAUUGACUUUCUCCUUGGUUUUAUGACUUGUAGCACCUUCUCAAAAACGAUUGUGAAAGGUGCCAAAAGGGCAGGGAAAAUGACAAUUGGACGACAAUAUUUACUGAAGAAGAAAACAGGGACAAUUGUGGAAGAAAGAGCAAAUCGUCCUGGAUGGAAUGAAGAUGAUGAUGUAUCUGUUUCAGAUGAGAGUGAGCUCCCCACAAGUACCACCCUGAAGGCCUCAGAGAAGUCUACAAUGGAACAGUUGGUAGAAAAAGCUUGUUUCAGAGACUAUCAGCGUUUAGGUUUAGGAACCAUUAGUGGCAGCUCUUCCCGUUCAAGACCAGAGUAUUUUCGAAUUACUGCCUCUAACAGGAUGUAUUCACUCUGCCGGAGCUAUCCUGGCCUUUUAGUCGUACCUCAAGCUGUACAGGACAGUAGUUUACCGAGAGUAGCCCGCUGCUAUCGACACAAUCGCCUGCCUGUUGUAUGUUGGAAGAACUCAAGAAGUGGUACUCUGCUCCUCCGAUCUGGAGGAUUCCAUGGGAAGGGAGUUGUUGGUCUUUUCAAAUCUCAGAACUCCCCUCAGGCCGCUCCUACCUCCUCUUUAGAAUCUUCCAGUAGCAUAGAACAAGAGAAAUACUUGCAAGCCUUACUGAAUGCUGUUUCUGUCCAUCAGAAACUCAGAGGCAACAACACUCUUACUGUCAGGCCAGCCCUUGCUCUGUCUCCAGGGACUGAAAGGAGGACUUCAAGAAUGUCCACUGUGCUUAAGCAGGUAGUGCCAGGACAUUUGGAUGUAAACCCAUCCAAUAGCUUUGCCCGAGGAGGUGUGUGGGCAAGUCUCCGCUCUAGCACUCGCCUGAUCAGCUCUCCAACAUCCUUCAUUGAUGUUGGCGCCCGGCUGGCAGGCAAGGAUCACUCGGCCUCCUUCAGUAACAGCACCUACCUACAAAACCAGCUCUUGAAACGGCAAGCAGCCCUUUACAUAUUUGGUGAAAAGUCACAACUAAGGAACUUCAAGGUAGAAUUUGCUUUAAAUUGUGAGUUUGUUCCUGUUGAAUUUCAUGAAAUCCGACAAGUGAAAGCCAGUUUUAAGAAGCUGAUGAGGGCUUGUAUCCCAAGCACCAUCCCGACUGACUCAGAAGUGACCUUCUUGAAAGCACUGGGAGAUUCUGAGUGGUUCCCACAGCUUCACAGGAUAUUGCAGCUGGCUGUGGUUGUAUCAGAAGUACUUGAGAAUGGUUCCUCGGUUUUGGUCUGUUUGGAGGAAGGCUGGGACAUCACUGCACAAGUGACAUCCCUGGUUCAGUUACUCGGUGAUCCCUUUUAUAGGACACUUGAAGGCUUCCGGAUGUUGGUUGAAAAAGAGUGGCUCUCUUUCGGUCACAAAUUCAAUCAGCGGAGCAGCUUGACCCUCAACUGUCAGGGGAGCGGUUUUGCUCCAGUAUUCUUACAGUUCUUAGACUGUGUACACCAGGUUCACAACCAGUAUCCAACUGAGUUUGAAUUCAAUCUCUAUUACUUAAAGUUCUUGGCUUUCCACUAUGUAUCUAAUCGCUUUAAAACAUUUCUCCUGGAUUCAGACUAUGAAAGAUUAGAGCACGGAACUUUAUUUGAUGAUAAAGGAGAAAAGCAUGCCAAAAAAGGAAUCUGUAUUUGGGAGUGCAUUGACAGGAUGCACAAGAGGAGUCCCGUUUUCUUUAAUUAUUUAUAUUCACCAUUGGAAAUAGAGGCCCUGAAGCCCAGUGUAAAUGUCUCCAGCCUCAAGAAGUGGGAUUACUACACAGAAGAGACCCUGUCCACAGGCCCUUCCUAUGACUGGAUGAUGCUAACCCACAAGCACUUCCCCUCCGAAGACAUUGACCUGGCUGGAGAAGCUGGGCCCAGGAGCCAGAGGAGAACAGUGUGGCCAUGCUAUGAUGAUGUGAGCUGUACUCAGCCUGAUGCUUUCACCAGCCUUUUCAGUGAAAUUGAAAAAUUGGAGCACAAAUUGAACCAAGCACCUGAGAAGUGGCAGCAGCUGUGGGAAAGGGUAACCGUGGACCUUAAAGAAGAACCAAGAACAGAUCACUCCCAAAGACACCUGUCGAGGUCCCCAGGAAUUGUGUCUACCAAUCUGCCUUCCUAUCAGAAGAGGUCUCUGCUACAUCUCCCAGACAGCAGCAUGGGGGAGGAACAGAAUUCCAACAUCUCCCCAUCCAAUGGAGUGGAGCGAAGAGCAGCCACGCUCUAUAGCCAGUAUACAUCCAAGAAUGACGAAAACAGGUCCUUUGAGGGAACGCUUUAUAAAAGAGGGGCUUUGCUGAAAGGUUGGAAGCCCCGUUGGUUUGUUUUGGAUGUAACAAAACAUCAGCUGAGAUACUAUGACUCAGGUGAGGACACGAGCUGUAAAGGCCACAUUGAUCUGGCGGAAGUAGAAAUGGUCAUCCCUGCUGGCCCCAGCAUGGGAGCCCCAAAGCAUACAAGUGACAAGGCUUUCUUUGAUCUCAAGACCAGCAAACGUGUGUAUAACUUCUGUGCCCAAGAUGGACAGAGUGCCCAGCAAUGGAUGGACAGGAUCCAGAGCUGUAUCUCUGAUGCCUGAUGCCCAUGGUCAACCCACACAGAAGAAAUAGAAGAACGUAUGCUGCCAGUUAGAAAACAAGCAUGAAUCCUUGAGGAGCUGACGACAAGUUAUUCCAGGGCCCGAGGUUCUCCUGCCCAGUCCCCUCUUGCAGCAGUUGCGAUCUCUACUUAACCUGGAUAGUUGUUUCACACAGGUCUGGUCAAGAGCCCCAUGCACUCCCUGUAUCUUGCACUAAAUUUUUCUAACAGGGUCUAGUGGUUAGUGAUCAGAUGUCUCCUGAGCCAAAACUGUGAACCUCACCCAGACAAAAUGGCUUCCACCUACUUGGGUCCUUCUUCAUUAAAGCUAUAGAUCCUUUUUUGUUCUCCAAGGUCAUAAUUUCCUUGGAGAGCUGUCUAACAAGCAAAAAUCAAAACACUCCAAGAUUGUCUCAUAUUCUACAUAGACUUAGGUUUCCUAUCAGAGGAAUCUACUUGUACUGCCUGACCUUUGAAAUGCUCAGUUCUCUGGUGCUCCCAAGAGGUGCUUCCGUGGUCCCUGCUUUGCCAUUGGGGUUCACAACAAGAGAUGUCAUUGCUCAGUACCAGGCAAAGAGGGAGCACACAUCAUUAUUCUGAUGGAAAAAGAUUAUCCAGGGAACGGUGCAGCAAUGACUAGCCCAAUAGAGGAAAACACUACUUCCAAAACACUGAAUUCUCUAGACCAGAGAUGCUCUGAGGAUCCAGGGCCUUGUGUUCUUAUGUAUUUUCUUCUUCCUGACAGUUGUUUUGUUUUUUUUGUUGUUGUUGUUGUUGUUUUCCCAAAAUAACAUGCAAAAAAGCUGAAUGCACUAACUCACAAAACAAACACUUGCACUGAACUCCUAAUGAAGUGAAGAUGUUGGAAAGACAGAGACCAGCUAUUUAGGACCACACACAUCUAUGACAAGGGCUUGUGUAGAUCACAGUCACACUGUGGCAUGACUGGAUACCCAAACUACACUUCUACACAUGAAAAAUAAGAACUGUUUUUAGAUUUUCUUUACUUUGAGAUCUUGUGUUUGUUUAGCUUAAGACCCAAGAAAUGCUGUUUGCUCAUGGUAAACAGAAACAGUGUCUUUGCUACAACCACUGGCACCAGCUGGCGUCAUAGGUAGCUACAUCAUUGCAUUUGUUUUGAAAUGUUAAUAUGUUAAAUACUAAACUAAUAUUUCAAAAAUGUGUAUAUAUGAUUUCUACAUUCUUGUUUUUCAGAUAGCCUGCUUAUAAUUUAAUAUAAAUUAACUGAUUCAUAAAAUUUCAAUAGUGAAAUGGUUCCCUUUUUAAAAAAUAAAAAUACUUUCUUUGUUGAUUAAAAA